GAGCUCGCAGUGGGCCACUGGUUCAGUGGGGUAAAGGUGAAGCUCCGCUCAAGCAGCACCGGGCAGCAACACACCGUGACAACCAACUUUCUGCCGUACCUGUUGGUAGAAAGCUAAAGUCAAGAUAUCCUGGCGAAGGGAGAAAAGAUGGCUAAUCAUUUGUCAGAGUCUCUGCCAGAGCGGACCUUCCAGUACCAAAGCAGCCUGCCUCCCCUGCCUGUACCAUCACUAGAGAGCAGCAUUUCCAAGUACCUGGAUGCAGUACAUCCAUUUGCAUCUGAGAAAGAAUUUAAGGCUACAGUGGACAUUGUGAGGAAAUUCCAAGAGGGUGUUGGCAAAGAGCUGCACCAGAAACUACUACAGAGAGCCAAGAGAAAGAAGAACUGGUUGGAAGAAUGGUGGUUAGAUACGGCGUAUCUGGAGGUCCGCAUGCCCUCUCAGCUGAAUGUCAACUUUGCUGGCGCAGCACCCUACCUGGAGCACUGCUGGCCUCCUGCAGAAGGAGUUUAUCUGCAGAGGGCCAGUGUAAACACAUGGCAUACACUACAGUACUGGAACCUGAUCCGCACAGAGAGUCUGGCUCCACAGAAAGUUGGCAAAAAAGCCUUAGAUAUGAACCAGUUCAGAAUGCUGUUCUGCACCUGCAAAGUACCUGGAGAAAAGAAGGACACCAUUCGCAACUACUUCAAGACAGAGCGCGAGGGUCCGUGCCCCUCCCAUUUGGUAGUGAUGUGUCAUGGACGGAUCUUCACAUUUGACGCACUUUGUGAUGGACAAAUCCUCACUCCUCCAGAACUUCUCAGGCAACUGAGAUAUGUGAAAGAGCGCUGUGAGGGAGAACCAGAGGGAGACGGAGUGGCUGCUCUCACCUCAGAGGAGAGGACUCGUUGGGCUAAGGCCAGGGAGCACCUAAUAAGCAUUGAUCUACACAAUAAGAGCAUCCUGGAGACCAUCCAGAGCAGCCUGUUUGUCAUAUCUCUGGAUGAAACAAAACCCUACUCCACUCCAGAGAACUACACAAAUUUGACCCUGGAAUCCCUUACAGGCAACCCCACCAUCCGCUGGGGAGACAAAUCAUACAAUUCAAUCGUGUUCGCAGACGGCACUUUUGGAUCCAAUGGUGAUCAUUCACCAUAUGAUGCCAUGGUACAGGUGUCUAUGUGUUGGUAUUUGGACCAGCAAAUCAAAGCUUCAGAAGGCAAAUGGAAGGGCUCAAAUGCAGUCAGGCCCAUGCCCCUUCCUGAGGAGAUGGUGUUCACUGUGGAUGAGAAAGUGCGGGAGGAGAUCAGCCAAGCCAAACAGCAAUACCUGGAGUCGACACAGGACCUGCAGCUUGUGUCUUACGCCUUCACUGCGUUUGGAAAAGCUGUCAUCACACAGAAGAAGCUGCAUCCUGACACCUUUGUUCAACUGGCAUUGCAGUUGGCCUACUACAGAAAGCACAAAAGGCCAGGUAGUUGCUAUGAGACAGCAAUGACUCGCAGGUUCUACCACGGCAGGACGGACACGAUGCGAUCCUGCACCCAGGAGGCUGUGAACUGGUGUAAAGCAAUGAUGGACCCCACAUGGGAUGUUAAUGCCAAGAGGAAAGCCAUGCUGCUGGCCUUCAAUAAACACAACAAACUAAUGACAGAGGCACAGGAAGGAAAAGGUUUUGACAGGCAUCUCCUUGGCCUGUAUCUUAUUGCCAAAGAUGAGGGACGUCCCACUCCAGAACUCUUCACGGAUCCCCUUUACAUGAAGAGUGGUGGUGGUGGUAACUUUGUGCUGUCGUCCAGUCUGGUGGGCUACACUACAGUUCUGGGGGUAGUGGCUCCCAUGGUGCGCCAUGGUUAUGGCUUCUUCUACCGCAUAAGAGAUGACAGGAUUGUGAUCUCCAUCUCAGCGUGGAAAUCUUGCCAUCAAACAGAUGCUGCGACUCUAUUCAACAACUUCAGUAGCUCCCUGUACGAUAUGCUCCACCUGGCCACCACAUCUCAGCUAUAAGUACUCACACCGAGAGACAGAGGAGCUGAACACAGGCUAAUUUAAACAUGUACUGUACCUUUUACUUCUCUGUCCUUGUUUGAGCAUAAAUGCACAUACACUUCACAAACCCACAGUUAUUAUCUUAUAGCAAACGAUACACGUUUGUUCUCAGCACAGAUCAAUGCAAAGACGCAGAAUCAGGCCUACCUCACGGUGGUAUUUACUGGUUUUUGGAUUUUUAAAAAAAUCAGUUAAGUCUUCUGUUCCUUUUAGUGCUAAACAAGCUUUUUUUUUUUGGCGUGUGUAAAUUGUUCUUUUGCGUGUAUAUAUUUUUCCUGAUUCUCACAUUUUUAUGAUUCAAGUAUACAUUUAAAUAUGUUUAAUUUUAAAUGCUAAUAGUAUUAAUCAACAUUUAAGCUGAGCUGAUGACUUUUGCCCGUAGUGGGUAUCAAUUUAACAGAAACUGAGGCCAUUCUAAGGUGGAGAAUUGAAGAAAAGACCUGCUCUCUUUGACUCUUGGCCUUAGACUUUGCGAUAUAAUAAAGGAAUUUCCAAUGAAACCACUAAAAAUAAGUUUGAGAGAAGUUAAAUAAAAUUGAUUUGCCUUGUUUUAGGCGUCGGAUUGGUCUCCCUAUGAAAAUCCACAGAAAUAAGCAACUACAUUACUCAACUUUUAAAGUAGGACUGAAAUUUAAAAUUCAUUUUUGUUAAGAAAUAAAGUAAAUAUCCUUGGCGCUAAACUUAGUUUGUAAUAUCAAAUCAGUUCCAUCGGCUACAGGAUAGGUUCACAAUUUUUCAAGUCUGUCUUAUAACAACUGUCACAGAACAAGGACUGUGGAUUUUGUCUCCUAUCACUAACAUUAAAAGCAUAUUAGAAGGGGAUCUCUUAAUGGCCAGUACGAGCUUGAAGAUUGCACUUUGCAAAAACUGUUUCACUGUUUCAAGCUCACAGUUGUCACUCAGCCUUUUUCAUGGGAAAUACCCACACAGACAGUGUCCACAAAUAUGUCCAUAGUCAAGUAGUUGUAUAAAUGAAGAGAUAAACAGAAAAUAUGCUGCAGUAUCAUUAUAGUUUUUAUUUCCUUACUCACAAAGUUGGAAGAAUUCAAAUUUUAGUUCAACGUUAUGAAAACUAAAAGUUGCCUUCCAUUGUAUUAAGGCACUGCACAUUGUUUUGUAUAACUUCAGUACAUCGAUGUAACUGUCAGUUUACUGAUUUUUUUUUUUUUUUGCAUCUUUUUUGAACCAAAACCGUGCUAACCUGGUCAAUGCUCCUUAUGGGUUCUGCCCACUCUGUAGUUCUCCUUUAUUUGUGUUUUCGUGUCUGUCAAGUUAAAAAGGGCUAGGUGUUCACAAAGCUUUAUAUUAGGGUGACUGCUGUAAAACAUCAACCUCAAAAACUGUAAUUUUUUUUUUUUCCCCCCACCUUUUUUGAUGCAUUUAAAGCCAGACACUAAUCUGUAAUCUAUCUGUGACUGUUGACGAACCUUUUAUAAAUGGUAAAGUGUGAAUAAGAUUGUACUUCUUUCAAAUACCCGAAUGAAAAGUAGCUGUAUUUUUAACUCUGAAUAUAAAUAUUAAAAAAAACAAAUAAAUGUAUGUGAUAUAUAAUGAUGUCAAAAUGAGACAAUGCU